UUCUCUCUGUCGCUGGGCUAAGCAGAUCUGUGUGUGUGUGCGUGUGUGUCUCUGUGUGUGUGCGUGUGGUGUGUGUGCGUGGGGGGGAGUGAGCUUGCACUGUUCGAUGACAGCAGUAGGGGAGAGAAGGGAGAAAUCAUGUUGUUCAACAAGACAGGCACAUAGCAGAACCUCUCAGCUGUGACUCCGGGCCAACGAUCUUGGACAAGGCUACUCUUCAUCAAGAAUGAGGGUUGUCUGUCAAACUAGCUAUAGGACUACCACAGAGGUUGGUAUUCUGGACUGCUAAUAGGGACAUGGGACUCACCUACUCACUGACCACCUGUGAGGAUUUUACCCAUCUGCAACAGAAGCAUCUAGAAAAGCAUCAAGAACCAAAACUGAAAAUUCACACAGAAGGUCAGCGUGUCGUGUUGGCGUUUGAUUUAUUUCUGUGAGGAUGUCUGAGCAAGACAAAUUGAACCAAGAAGAGGCAGUGGAAGAAUCUGUCAGUUGUGAGCAGGAGAAUGAAGGCUGCCCGACCUCCCCGGACCGCUAUGUCAGAACCGGGAGCCUGGAAGUGGAGGAGAAGGAGAGCAAGAGGGAGAAGGAGGAGACUGUGCAGAGCGACAAGGCAGAACUGCAGCAGAAACGAGGGGUAAACCAGGGGCAACAGAAAAAAAGACCCAAGUUGGGAGCAAAAGGUAAACUGGUACGGAGUCUUGCUGUGUGUGAAGAGUCUUCCCUGCCUCCAACCACAGAUGGUGCUGAGGAUAAUCAGGAUUCAUUUCAACUGCAAAUUACCAGCUCAGCUGACAAACCCAGUAAAGAUGAAGGGGACAGAGAGCAAGAAAAGGACAAAAACAAAGAGAAAGGCAAAUCCAACGAAAAACCAAAAAUCAAAAUGUUAUCAAAAGAUCACAGCCAGGAGUACACAGACUCCACAGGCAUCGACUUGCAUGAAUUCCUUGUAAGCACUUUAAAUAAUAACCCCAGGGACAGAAUGAUGCUGUUGAAAAUGGAGCAAGAGAUCAUUGAUUUUAUUGCAGACAAUAACAAUCACUACAGGAAGUUUCCGCAAAUGUCUUCAUACCACAGGAUGUUAGUACACAGGGUAGCAGCUUAUUUUGGAAUGGAUCAUAACGUCGAUCAAACAGGAAAGUCUGUUAUUAUCAACAAAACAAGCAAUACCAGAAUACCUGAGGAAAGAUUUUGCGAGCACAUAAAGGAUGAUAAGUGUGAAGAAUCUCAGAAAAGGUUUAUCUUGAAACGAGACAACUCCAGUAUUGAUAAAGAAGACAAUCAGCUAAAUAGGAUUCAUCCAUUUAGAGAUGACAGAAGGAGUAAAUCUAUAGAAGAGAGGGAAGAGGAGUAUCAGAGAGUGAGGGAGAGAAUUUUUGCACAAGAUUCAGUUUGUUCCCAGGAAAACCUUUAUGUGGAAACCAGGAUCUUGGAAGACUGUAUAUUUAAUGAUACUCAGAAGAAAAGGCAGCUAUUCAAGGGCAAUUGGGAUGGCACAGGAAAGUCUGGCAGUCGUCACAGCAGCACAGACACAGACGUCAAGUGGAAUGGCCAGCGCCCCUGGAGCAGUACAGACUCGGACAGCUCCAACCGGAACUUGAAGCCCGCCGUGACGAAGACCGCCAGCAUAGGGGGGAUAACAGUCCUAACGAGAGGGGACAGUUCGGCCAGUAGCCGGAGUACUGGCAAACUCUCGAAAACAGGCUCAGAGUCUUCCAGCAGUGGUGGAUCCUCAGGCUCACUGUCCAGAGUUCACCAGUCACUCCUCAUGUCAGCUCCGGUCAGUUCCACGGGCAGUGUGUCCUACCCUGACGGGUCUGGGCUCAGUGGGCAGGCACCUCCCAACAGCCCCAGCUACAUACUGGUCCCCUUGGAGGCUACAGGCAUCCCACCAGGCAGCAUCCUCCUCAAUCCUCACACAGGUCAACCAUUUGUUAACCCUGAUGGGACACCUGCUAUCUACAACCCUCCCAGUGGCCAUCAGCCAAUGAGAAGCCAGAUUGUAGGGCAGUCUCAACAGCAAAAUGCACCUGCAACGCAGCAACAGCAGCAACCACAGCAACCACAGCAGCAAAUUGGAAGUCACAUGGUACCACAAUCUGUGCAGGCAGUGCAGCCUUCUUCUCAGUCUGUCCAGUAUCCACCCGUCUCUUACCCACCUCAGCACCUCUUGCCAGUCUCACCAACACAGCAGUUCCCUGUGCGAGAUGACAUGGCCUCUCAGUUUGGCCAGAUGAGUCUGAGCCGGCAGUCAUCCGGAGAAGCUCCUGAGCCUCCUCCGUCUGGUUCUGUCUACCCCCCUCCCCUCCUGCCCCAGGCCCCUCAGCAGCCAGGCUACGUCAUGGCCUCCCCCAAUCAGCAGAUCCCGCCUGGGGGCUUCACUGGCUCCGGUCCCCUUAUGUCUCAGCAAGUGCUGCAGCCACCACAGGGAUAUGUACAGCAGACACCAGCCCAGAUGCCAGUGUAUUACUAUUCAUCUGGUCAGUACCCUACCUCAGCAAGUCAGCAGUACAGACCUGUCGCCCCUGUUCAGUACAAUGCACAGAGAAAUCAGCAAAUACCACAGGCUUCUCAACAAACAGGUUACCAGACUGUUCUACCCAAUCAGCAAGGAUUCCAGGGCCUUAUGGGAAUGCAGCAACCUCCACAGAAUCAGAGCUUGAUGUCCAGUCAACAGGGGAAUCAGGUGCAAGGCAUGCUCGUCCAAUACCCAGCAAUGUCACCUUAUCAGGUGCCAAUGACCCAGAGUUCUCAAGGAUUGCCACAACAACCAUACCAACAAACAAUCAUGUUGCCCAGUCAGUCAGGUCAAGGGACACAUCCAGCCAGUGGGAUUCCUGUCUAUUGCAAUGUUGUGCCUCCAUCCCCACCUAGCAAUCUAAGGCUGGUCGCCCCUCACUGUCCCUCCAACAACGUGCCCAUGGUCCCUGCUAACUGCAGGACAAACUGUAUGAGUAUUAACAACACAGGCUGGCAAGUAAAAUACUGACACUGGCAGAAUAGAACUGAAAGAAAAUAUAUUUUCAAUUCAUUGUUGGAAAUAUAAAUCAUGGCCUUUUAAAACAACUGAAUAGAAAAAUAUAUAGUGAGUUGAAAAACUAAGGUUUUAUACUUCUCAGUCAUAAGUGCUGGUAUUCUGUAUAAAUAAAUAAAUUAAUAAAUAAAGUAAUGUCUGGUAAACGGUGCAUAUUUUAGUCAUGUCUGCUAAUUAUGCCUUUGUAGUUUAGCUAGGUGACAUGCAUUCACUGAGUUAAGACUUCUUCCUUAUCACUGAUCACCACUGUGUAGAUUGUAAUAAAUCAGAAUCUGAUUCAUUUUGUACUUUGUGUUGAGCGAAAAGUAUUUAAAAAAAAAAAUCUAAUAAAAAAUAUCACAUUGUACCAAAGCUGUAAUGGAUUUAAAAAUUGAUGUAUGGAAGGAAUAAUUUCUAUACACUAUAGAGGUUGUUUUUUUUUUUGUUUUUGUUUUUGUUUUUUUUAUUGAUAUAUGAUGUAUUGUAGUGUUCGACGACAAUAAACCACUUGACCUCAUGGAGAAAGGUCACAUUUCUAA